AUGGCGUCUACAUCUAAAGAUGUCCCAACAAGUCCCAGUGGUCACGAUAAUACUGAUGAUGACCUCGAACCAGGAGCAUCCUACGAUAGCAUUUUAAAUCCCACCGAUUCCUUUGAAGAGUUCGCGACUGAGAUGAAUACGAGCCUUGAACGGAGCAGAGAUCUUACCAAGAAAUCCAGUACUAUAAGCGAGAUUCAAAGCGAAAUCGGAGAGUGUUCGAAGGAGUUAAAAGAAACUAAAUCUAGUGAUAAUUUGCAAAAUAAAGACGAAGCUAUUUCUGCUUCAACUAGUAAUUCAAACCUUGAUGAGAAUGGCGAGGACACAGAUAAUGAGGAUGACUAUCUUAAAUCUCCAGAACUUGUAAAUAAAGAGAAGCAUGUGUUCAUAUUGAGCUCAGCUGGUAAACCAAUAUAUUCAAGAUAUGGUAAUGAAGAUAAAUUAGCUGGUGUGUGUGGUGUAAUUCAAGCAUUAGUAAGUGUUGUAGAGGAACAAAAUCGUGAUAUUUUAAGAUCCAUUAUCACAAAAGACUGUAAGGCUGUCUUUUUAGUGAAGGGGCCCCUUAUUUUAGUUGCGGUAUCGAAGUCAAAUGAGAGUGAAACUCAGCUAGUGUUGCAGUUAACAUAUGCAUUCAACCAGAUAGUGUCAGUAUUAACAUUGACACAGUUAAACCGAAUAUUUGAACAACGGCGGAAUUACGAUCUGCGAAGACUGUUAUCCGGCGCUGAAAGACUAAUAGACAAUUUGCUUAUAUUUAUGGAAAAAGAUCCAGCUUUCCUUCUAGGAGCCGUCCGUUGCUUGCCAUUACCGGAAAAAGUGAGAGAGAAUAUAACAAACGCAAUUAUAUCCACUUGCCAUAAAAUAAGAGAUCUUGUCUUUGCUAUACUAAUAGCUGGAAAUCAAUUAAUAACACUGGUUAGAAUGAAGAAAUACACCUUACAUCCGUCAGAUAUCCAUUUGUUAUUCAAUUUAGUGCGGAGUUCGGAAUCAUUCAAAACCGCCGAGAGUUGGACACCAAUAUGUUUGCCGAAGUUUGAUGCUACUGGCUUCCUUCACGGUCACGUAUCCUACAUAUCGGAAGAUUGUCAAGCUUGUUUACUCCUCUUAACGGUGCAACGAGAUGCGUUCUAUCCCCUAUCGCAGGCAAAACACACAAUAUCAGAUAAAUUAAGAAGAUCAAACUGCUUAACUGCCAUCAAUGAUGCCCUCAAUCGAAGUAAAGAUCUGCCCACAACUAACCCGCUGAAACAUAUCGGGAUACCAGAAAUAAGGCAUUUUAUGUAUAAAUGCAAGUCCACGGCGCAGUUGUUCACAUCAGAUCCUAUAUGUUUGGACAGAUUACAAGAUUAUAGGCAAAGGCAUAAAGAGGGUGGUGAUGUGGUUAAGAAAAAGGUGGAGAAAUUAUCAGAUAUAGAUUAUGUGAGGAAUUAUCGGGAGUUUUGUAGUAAAAUGCAUUGUGCUUGUUCGCCGGCUAAGUUGAUAUUUAGAUCUAAUUCACUAGACACUGUUUUGGCUUGGAUUACAAAUGGAUUUGAGCUAUAUGUAACUUUUGAUCCAUUAAUGGAAAAGGAUCAAGCUAUCCGCGCAGUUGAUAGACUAUUGCGAUGGAUUAAAAAUGAAGAAAAGAGAAUAUUCAUCAUGAAUGCACCAACUUUCUAA